ACAACCGGCCAAUCGACCUUUGACCUGUGUGCAGCAGUUGUCUCCCCUGCUCCUCGUCUGGAUCUGUCUGCAAUCAUGUCGUCCUUGUCUGUACGACUUAACGUAUUCACGAGCGUCGAGGACGUCGCCAAACAGCGGGGGAAAGUGGUCUUGGCAGGCGCGACGCUGGCUGACACUCUCCUGACAGCCAGCGAGAGCCUCGGGGAGACGGUGGUGGCCCUCAGAUCUUCUCUGGGAGCUCUCGUGACAGAUAUAAAUGUCCUCAGAGACUGGGACGUGGUUAUAGCAGUCACAGAGUGUGAGUUAUUUCCACACACGAACACAAUACAAGUGAAUGACUUGCCGAUGUUCAAUGGCUGCAUGCAUGCAAUUAGUAACUAGAAAGUGCAUGUAAGUGUGUACUCAUGGAGUUAGUGGGAUAGUGUAUGUAGCAGUUGUGUGGCAUUUGGCUGCUAGGGUAAAUUCCACAUGCAGCCACAGAAAAACUUCCAGUCAACGGAGACUCCACGUCAGGCACUUCUAGUCCAUUCGCCAUUCCCUCCCACCUCAACACCGCCAGAGACACGUCCCACGAUGUGCCUGACUUUACACUGCGCAAAACCACGCACGUCCCAUCCCCCGAUGGGCCAUCCCGGUCUGACUGGGUCAGACUGAACAUGGGGGGCAGAGUUUUUGCCACCACCAGAGCAACUCUGUCUUCUGAUCCUGAUUCCAUGCUGGCCCGAAUGUUUGAACCAAGUGAAGGGUGGCUUAGUGCGACAGAUGCCAGCGGUGCAUUUCUCAUUGACCGUAGCCCCACUUACUUCGAGCCACUGCUCAACUUCCUAAGACACGGGAAAUUGAUUCUUAACGAAGGGAUCAGCCCUCAAGGUGUUCUGGAGGAGGCCAAGUUCUUUGGGAUAUCGAAAGCCAUCGAACCACUGGAGGCACUUGUGUGGGAUGAGGAGUUGUCUGCCAGUGGGCACUUCACGAGGAAAGAGUUUCUUCACUUUCUGGCAAGCACCUCUUCUGCUGCACCACUUCGCUGUCAGGGACUAAACCUGGAGGGACUCAACCUGUCGAACCUUGACCUCCGAAACAUCAACUUCAAGUGUGCAAACCUCCGCCACUGCAAUCUGUCGUGUUCAGACCUCUCCCACUGUGUCUUCGAGAGAGCAGACCUCUUCCAGGCCAAUCUCAAUGAGGCAGUGAUACAGUGUGUCCACAUGCCGAGAGUGAAUCUGGAAGGAGCCACUCUCAAAGGCUGUCACAUGGGAGAGAGGCUUGGCGUGCAGACCAAUCUGGAAGGAGCAAACCUGAAGGGAGCAAUCUUUGAUAACAGCCAAAUGAAUGGAGUGAACCUGCGACUGGCCAGCCUCAGGGGUUCCUGUCUCCGCUCCUGCAACCUCAGAUAUGCAGUGAUGGCCUGUACUGACCUGGAGGUGUGUCCACAAUCUACAUAACACCCAUAGACCCCCAUCCCCAUCCCUUCUAUCUCAUAGAUUCCCUAUUAUAUCUGUUUUGCUAGAACUGUGACCUAGACAGCAGUGAUCUCCAACACGCUAACUUACGGGGUGCCAAUCUCGAGACUACAAACUUCCAAGACAUUGUUGUCUAGACUUGUCACGUUCCUCCUCUCGGGCCCCUCCUCCCCUCUUCCCCUCCUUCCCCCUUGUUGUUGUACGCUCUGUGGUGCCCUGGUCUCCUCUGAACAAUCCAGUGAUCAUGUACAGCAGAAUCAGUCUCCCGGUCCUCUCUCCGUGUGUGUGUGUGAUAAGAACAGUGAUAUGACAGGGUGUGACCUCCAGCAUGCUAACCUGCGGGGCUCCAACCUGGCAGGAGCUGUCUUCACCAAUAUCAUAGCACCUCUCCACAUGUCUCAGACUGUCAAUGUCAGUGAUAGCAGCGCCUCUGUCCCUUCACCUGACUCCACCUCUGGACAGGAUCAGAACUAGUCCCCCACUCUCUCUUUGGGCUCUCUCUCUCUACUUGCACACAGAUUAAUAAUUAUGGUUUUAUCCUACUGUGUAUUGAGAUUACAGGUUUUAAUAUUGAGUUUGUUUUGAAAGGAGAACGAAAGGCAACCAUUAAAAUAACAAGUGGAAAGCUAGUAAGUAAACGAGUAUAAUUCUACGGACGCAUAAAAUUGAGCUGAAAACAAUAUGAUUGGGAGCAAGUACACAGAGGACCAUUUUAAGGCACAACAAAAGUUGAUUUCACAAGCCGGACAUUCUCCGGGGCCACAGACCCAAUCUCUUCCCCCAGCACUAGAAAGUUGCCAGUGUCUCUGAGGAGUGACUGGGGGAUGUAGUAGUAACGCUGUACGUGCACCCCAUUGACCUGUGUGAGCCAGUAACGACCCAGGUUGACUCCGUUCAGGUAGACAUACCCUCUCUGCAUGCCCAGCAUAUCCAGGAGGAGAGAGAACCCAGGCUCCAGCUUUGGGGAGGGGAAUGUGUGUUUGUACCACGUCAGUGGUCGGCCGGUAUACUCAGUGUAGUUAGAGUUCCAAGUCACGUUUGACGAUCCAUUGACAGUGUAGACUCUCAGUAUCUCUCCCGUGAGCUGUGCCCGAUGGAGCCACUUGCCACUGGUGAUGUUCUCUCUCCCCAGAAUCACGUCUCCGAUGAUACCUUUCAGGUCGUAUUCCCCGGGCUCGGUGUGGGUGUUCACUCCGAGGGAGACAGAGAGGAGACACAGUUGCUGCGUUCUCCCAGAUUCAGUUUCCACACUCAGACUGUAGUUCAUGUCUCCCUCAUUGUGGGUGCAGUAGCCUGUCACACCCUGGAGUUUUCCAUCCAGGAACACCAGAAACGAGUUAGAGAUUCGAGACUCGACAGUG